AUGCCUCCCCGACGAUCACACAAGAAAUCGAGGGCAGGCUGUCGGCGGUGCAAGUCGCGCAAGAUCAAGUGCGAUGAAGUUCAUCCACGAUGCGGCAACUGCCUCAAGCACGGCGUGGCAUGCGAUUUUCAGAACCCCGACAUCGUCGAAGAUCUCGUCGCUACCGCCUCAGCACCAUCGCCGGCAGCCCCCGCCUCGACAACGGCCUCAGCGGCAGACGCCUCGACGCCCGCCUCCUCUCCCACCAUACCAUCGCUCAGCGACCUCAGGACACCGUUACAAGGCGUCACAUCACCGGCCCUGUCAUUUGCCACACCUCUCUACACCAUGCCGUCGACGCCCACCAUCAGCACCAAGUCCCCGACGAACCGUCUCCUCGAGCUUCGCCUGAUGCACCAGUACACAUCCAUGACAUCGCGCACCCUCGUCGUGAACUCGCCCAUCACCGACGAUAUUUGGCAGAACACAGUCCCCCGCCUCGCCUUUAGCGGCGCCAACUAUCUCGCCGACGCCAUGCUCGCCGUCGCCGCCCUUCACCUCCGCUCCUUCAACCCCGACGACAAGGAUCUCGCCCGCGCCUCCCACUCCUACAUGGCCUCGUCUCUGUCCGCGUACUGCGCCUCUCUGAACGAAGGGAUCAACGAGUCCAACGCCGAGGCCCUCUUCCUGACGGCCACCCUCAUCGCCUUCCAGUCGUCUGCCUCGCGCAUCUUCAUCCGCGACGACGCGAACCCUGCCGACCCCUCGAGCGUCUACACGCUGCCGCUCUCGUGGUUCCACGCCUUCCAGGGUGUCAAGACGGUCGUCGCCUCGUCCUGGCCCUGGCUCCGCUCCUCGGGCAUCGUCAUACCCAUCAUCGACUCGCAGCCCGUGCUGCAGCUGGACCUAGACGGCUGUGCCCCUACGUCCUUCUUCGGCCACCUUCUCACGGACCUCGACGACGAGCUCGCCACCGAGCCGUGCCCCGUGACCGUCAUGGCGACCAAACAGACCUAUCUCCACGCCGUCGCCGUCCUCAACUGGGCGCACAAGAUCCCGCACCGCGGCGCCGCCCUCGCCUUCCCGGCCACCGUGUCGAAGCGUUUUCUCGACCUGAUCGAGGCCCGCCGUCCGCGCGCCCUCGUCGUGCUCGCCUGCUUCUUCGCCUGCCUCAAGAGCAUCGAGAACGUCUGGUGGCUGCACGGCGCCGCCCGCCGCGAGGUCAUGGGCAUCGUCUCCCAGUUCGAGGCCGCGAGCCCCUGGUGGGCCCACCUCGAGUGGCCCGUCCGCAUCGCCCUCUACGACGGCGCCGUCAUCCCGCCCGACGUCUGGGGUGCCGACUGGGUCACGGAGGAGGGCAAGACGGACAAGGGCUCCACCAUGCUCAACGAGACGUUUGUCAACCACAUCGAGAUCCUCGCCGGCAUGCUGGCCAAGGCCCAGUCGCUGCCGCCGAUCCCCAUCCCGGGUGAUGCGGUUCUCGGGUGA